GCGUUGGAGCCGGAGACCGCGGCGGCCUCUGCUAGGACCCUCCGCGCCCCGAGCCGCCGGCCGGAGCCGCAGCCGCAGCCGCAGCGCCCCUGCCGCCUGUCCCCCCCCCCCCUGCCGCCUCCGCCGGAGCCGCCUCGCGCACUCUGGGGUAUGGCCGUCAAUGUGUACUCCACAUCCGUGACCAGUGAGAAUCUGAGUCGCCAUGACAUGCUUGCGUGGGUCAACGACUCCCUGCACCUCAACUACACCAAGAUCGAGCAGCUCUGUUCAGGGGCGGCCUACUGCCAGUUCAUGGACAUGCUCUUCCCGGGCUGUGUGCACCUGAGGAAGGUGAAGUUCCAGGCCAAGCUAGAACACGAGUACAUCCACAACUUCAAGGUGCUGCAGGCGGCCUUCAAGAAGAUGGGUGUCGACAAAAUCAUUCCUGUAGAGAAAUUAGUGAAAGGAAAAUUCCAAGAUAAUUUUGAGUUUAUUCAGUGGUUUAAGAAAUUCUUUGAUGCAAACUAUGAUGGAAAGGAUUACAACCCUCUGCUGGCGCGGCAGGGCCAGGACGUAGCGCCACCUCCUAACCCAGGUGAUCAGAUCUUCAACAAAUCCAAGAAACUCAUUGGCACAGCAGUUCCACAGAGGACAUCUCCCACAGGCCCCAAAAACAUGCAGACCUCCGGCCGGCUGAGCAACGUGGCCCCACCCUGCAUCCUCCGCAAGAACCCGCCAGCGGCCCGGAAUGGCGGCCACGAGACCGACGCGCAGAUUCUCGAGCUCAACCAACAGCUCUUGGACUUGAAGCUGACGGUGGAUGGGCUGGAGAAGGAGCGCGACUUCUACUUCAGCAAACUGCGUGACAUUGAGCUCAUCUGCCAGGAGCACGAGAGUGAGAACAGCCCGGUCAUCUCCGGCAUCAUCGGCAUUCUCUAUGCCACAGAGGAAGGAUUUGCACCCCCUGAGGACGACGAGAUCGAGGAACACCAACAGGAAGACCAGGACGAGUACUGAGGGCGGCUGCAGCCCUGGCUGACUGCACGGCUUCCCGUGCCUCCCCUCCCCGCCCCCGUCCCCACAUUAUAACCCUUUCCUUACAGCCAGCGGCCGGCCUGGUGCUUUGUGUCAGUGCCGCAGCAGUGGGGAGCCGGGCUAGCGAGGCGUGCGGGUGGGGGGCAGGUGAGCAGGCAGAGGCCCAGUGGGCGGGACCCCUGCCCACUGCCCACCCCUAUUUAUUUCCGUUGUCUCCAUACUGUGCUGGCCAACACUCCCCAGGGUGCUGCUGCCACCCGCCCAGCCAGCCCCCUGCUCCCCGACAGCCAGCAGCUGUAUAUUUGACAAAGUCAUUGGUAUAUUUUUACUUACUGGAUUUUCCUUGCACUUUACCUGUUCUUUUCCAGGGCUGAUAGCGUGGGCGCAGGGGCAGUGUGCCUGGCUUGGCUUCCCUUCCCCACGGUGGAGGCUGGGGCAGGACUCGCCGAUUAUUUAUUUUGUCUUUUGACUCCCCCCGCAGUUGCAGGGGAAUGCUGACGUCAGGAGAGGGAGGGGGGGCCGAAGGAGGCAGUGCUGGGGGCCUGGGGGCCAAGGAGAGGGAGGGGCGCAUGCGAGGGAUGGAAAUGACCCCCUGGCACCGGCUCCCCCGCCCCGCCCCCACCCCAGCCCCUGCCCCCAGCAUUGCCCCGAGGCCCCGCCGCCCCCUCCUGCAGCCUGGCUCACACCACACAGACUGUCUGGACCCUCCUGUGCGUCUGCCUCCCCAUCCCACCCCACCCCUCCCCGGGCACCAGCCAGCAUACGCGUUCACUUUUAUUUAAAUAAACUUGU